AUGGCGCCUCGGCAGCGCGCCGCGCCAGGCCCCACCUGGGGGUCGGCCUCCCUGUCGCCCUCCCUCAGCCCGAGCGCUUCUAUCAUGUCGUUGUCGAUGGCGAUGGUGUGCGGCGUGUCGGGCGGCACGGACGGGCGCCUGUUGGGUACGAAAGGCAGUGGGGCGGCGGAAG